CUGUUAAAAUUAAGGCUGCUUGUAAGCAAGGUACCGUAACAGAAGGUCUCCAGGCUAUAAUCCCAGAGUUAUCUUAUAAAAACAGCCAGUUUUGGGACCCAAGAAAAGUUCAUCUCCCCACAAUCUGGGUUACCGUUAUAAAAAACUCAACUAUAGAGCAUUGCAAAUCUGUUACAGAUCCUCAUUAUAGUGUUUUGCAUCCUCGAGGACGUGGAAGAUGGUUCGAUUUUAUGGGGCGCGGUGAUUAUAUCUUGUACAAGAAUAUGGAGAGGAACUUUGAGGUUCAAACGAGGCAGUGGCGUUGUGGCGGCUUCCCUACCUGCAAUUGUGGUGCAGUUGUGAGAGACCAUAAUAAUGUUAUUGAGUUCAGCUGCUGCAACGACCUUCUUACCCGUGACAGUACAACUCCAAUAACGGUGAAAAUACGGGGCAAAAAAUGUUUGUCACCGGGAAUAUCCAUAAACAAAAUGAUAAAUGGUCGAAAUAUCGACUACGAGGUGUUAUUUCCAUCCGGAGCCAAAGUUGCCAUAUUCAGAAACUCCUGGGGAAUCGAUGUCAACGUGUACACACCGAGGGCGAAAAAUAAAGCACAUGAAACCGGACUUUGUUUGUACGACUGGAGUAAAAAUGUAAAUACAUACGGAAACAACUUAAGACUAAUCAACGGACAAAGUUACUUCGACACACUCCCUCCUGAUCUAGAAGAUAAGCUUGUUACCUAUUCCGAGGCAUGCUUGUGCAACACCAGAGACUGCAAAAAUUCUUUUGAGCUCGCUUUUCCGACUGCAAUGAAAAAGAAUUUGUCACCAAUGUUUCUGUGCGACCGAGACAAAAGAGAUGUCCAUUACACUGAUGAUCUGACAGAGGAAGAUGUUCAGAUAUUUAAACAAACUCCCCAGUUACAACCCCGCUAUAGAAGGGCGUCGCAAGUUGGACAAUUAUCAAAGGAAAACGCGACCAGCUAUUGUGCCGAGAGAAUUUCGGAGACUGAGAUUGGUAAGCUCUGUGCUGAAGUUGGAGUCAAUGUGCAAGCAUUGGUAAAUACAUGUUCAGCUGAUGUCGAGUUGACUGGAGACUUAUCUUUCGCAACUGGCAGCGUUGCUAUCUUAAUGAACGACUGUGGUAAUUUGGCAGCCAUAAAUAUGUCUCAAUCUUCGAAUGGCAGUGGCGAAGAAAACUCUAUUUCAGUAGACGAGAUCAGUGAACUGCUUUGUCCCAAUGACUGUACGUUUAAUGGUAAAUGCAUCAAUGGAUCCUGCGUUUGCAACAAGGCCUACACUGCUGAAGACUGUUCGGCGUCUAUUUAUCAAAUCCCAACAAUUUCCAGCUUGCAAGGGAAUGGUUUGUGCGAUAGACGUAAGCGCCCGUGUAGGAAGGUAACGGUCUUGGGAACUGGUUUCCUAAAUUCUACAAACCUAACCUGUCAUGUGAGGGAAUUUAAGGUUAUCGACAGUUCCUGGAAACCAAACAAUGCGGAACGUGAAUUCCCUGGUAUAAUGACAGACUUGGUGCUUACAGACUGUUCUUUACCUGAAUUACCAGUGACGCAAGGGUAUUUUGACGAAAACAAUGCGGGAACCUCAGCUGCUGGCCUGCAUAUAUCUGUUUCUAACGACGGGGAGCACAAAAGCCAUAAAAAUCUCACAUUUAUAUCUUACGAUUCAGCUUGCAUGAGUUGCAAUGUUUCUACUGAAUGUCAUUUCAAGAACAAUUCGUGCCUGAUAAAUGGGUACUGCUUCGCCCCAAACGAGACAAAUCCAAUCGACUGGUGUUAUCAAUGCCUUCCACAUGUCAGCACUAAGGCAUGGUCGGAGCGUCAAGUCAAUCUUCCUCCACGAUUUUCAAAGGCCAUCGACUACUUCGCAGUACUUGGCGAGAUCCUCGAGCUAACUAUUGACUUCGUAGACCCUGAAGGCAUGCCUGUCACAGUCUCACUAAUGGACGGAAGCCCAAUCAAGGCUACAGUGCGCGAUAACGUGUUGAUAUGGAACGCCACUAAUGAUGCGAAAACACCGUUCUUCCUGAAAGCCACGGAUGCUUGCCAAGCUACCUCUUACGUUAAUAUCACCGUAUCCUUGGUCGUCUGCCAGUGUGAGAACAAUGGAAGCUGUGUACCUCAUCCAAACAAGCCCAGGGGAUCAGGGUUUUACGACUGUCAGUGUUUACCUGGAUAUACCGGAGAGAAAUGCGAGACUAACAUUGAUGAGUGCCUUUCUUAUCCAUGUUUUCGAGGCCGGUGUAUUGAUGGACUUAACAAGUACACCUGCAUCUGUGAUCCUGGAUAUGUUGGAAGCAACUGUGACAUUGAUUAUGAUGACUGCAGCUCUUCUCCUUGCGUUCAUGGAAAAUGCACGGAUUACACUGGCGCGUACAGAUGCACCUGUGAUCCUGGAUACAGUGGGCCCAACUGCACUAUUGACAUUAAUGAAUGUGAAUCUUCACCAUGCAGACAUGGAAACUGCGUCAAUCAGGUUAAUAACUACACUUGUCAUUGUCAGGAUGGCUAUACUGGCCGUGACUGUGCAGACGAAAUAGACGAAUGUCAGUCGUCUCCUUGCAUUCGUGGAACAUGUCUGGAUAUGAUCAAUAAUUACACUUGUAUCUGUCCAGCUGGUUUUACAGGAGUGAAAUGCGAAGAGAAAAUCAACGAGUGCCUUUCUUCUCCCUGUGGCAACGGAACUUGCAUUGACCACGUCAAUAACUACACGUGCAACUGCCACGUGGGUUUUGCUGGUCUGCGCUGCGACAUUAAAAUCGCUGAUUGUACCAUCGACUCCUGUUACCCCAACGUGACCUGCUUCAAAAACAGCGACACAAUUAGCUGUGGUCCGUGCCCAGUUGGAUUCAGUGGUGAUGGAAAGAAUUGUGAAGACAUUGACCACUGUGUUAAUCACGCAUGUAGUAAUGGUGGAUCGUGUGUGGAUGGUAUCAACAACUACUCAUGUAGCUGCCCAGCAGGAUAUACGGGUGAUCAUUGUGAAAAUGACAUUGACGACUGUGUUAAUCAUAAAUGCAGCAAUGGCGGAUCAUGCAUAGAUGGUAUCAACAAUUAUUCAUGUAACUGCUUACUGGGAUUUACUGGAAAUUACUGUGGACUAGAUAUUGAUGACUGCGAAAAUCACACUUGUAGUAAUGGUGGAUCAUGUGAAGAUGGUUUCAACAGCUACUCUUGUAACUGCCCAGUGGGAUUUACUGGAAAUAACUGUGAAACAGAUAUCGACGACUGUAUUAAUCACACUUGUAGUAACGGUGGAUCGUGUGAAGAUGGUGUCAACAGCUACUCUUGUAACUGCCUGGUAGGAUUUACUGGAAAUAACUGUGAAACAGACAUCGACGACUGUAUAAAUCACAAAUGUAGUAAUGGUGGAUCGUGUGAGGAUGGUGUCAACAGUUACUCUUGUAAUUGCCCACCGGGAUUUACGGGAGAAAAUUGCGAAAAAGGAUUAGCAUCAUCUUCGGCAUCUAAACAUGCGACAACACAUACACUGAUGAUUUCUUCCAAGGCCAAUACAACAACUGCUACCUCGCUCACAAGUACACUGAAAAGAACAGCCGCUGCAGCCAGCACCACAUCACAAGAAAAAAGAAUCACGCGUGUCACGUCAUUUAAUAGUGUGUCUGACACAUCGUCGACCGCAGUUACAGAUAUCCAUUCAUCUGAUAAGAAAUCCAGAACUACCACUGUUCAACCAACAACUCAGCAACCAGAAACAAGAUUAGCAUCAUCUUUGGUAUCUAAACAUGCGACAACACAUACACUGAUUGUUUCCGAGGCCAGUACAACAACUGCUUCUUCGCCCACAAGUAUAUUGACAAGAACAGCCGCUGCAGCCAGCAGCACAUCGCAAGGAAUAAGAAUCACGCGAGUCACGUCAUUUAAUAGUGUGUCUGCCACAUCGUCGUCCGUAGCUACAGAUAUCCCUUCAUCUGAUAAGAAGUCCACAACUGCCACUGUUCAACCAACAACUCAGCAUCCAGAAACAAAGCUUGUCAUUGAGUUAAGUCUCCAACAGAAGUGGAAUGAAGAUCUUGAGAAUGAAAGCAGUCAAGCCUUUAACGAGUUGUCACGGACCCUUGAAAUACAGAUUACCGAAAUGUAUUCCCAGGAGGACAACUUUGUUGGAGUAGAAAUCUUAUCAUUUAGGCCGGGCAGUGUAGUGGCACAAUUUCAGCUGCUGUUCAAAAACAGUCUGGAAGAUGAAAAAGCUUUGACUCCGUUGAAGAGGGCUAUACAGGACGGCAAACUGGGCCCUCUGACCGUCGAUCCAGAAUCCCUUAAAAUCAUGAAGGACGUUGAAGAACCUACAAAAGAAGACAAAGUAAAGGUCCUCUAUCCAAUUAUUAUUGGUGUUUCAUGUGGUGGAAUAUUUAUGCUUGCUGUCCUCAGCAUUUAUCUGAUUCGCCACAGUCACCGCCGAAAAAUGGUGGGCUGUAGGCGUAAUUUAUGCGGGAUGCCUACGGAAGUUGCAUUCCCAAACCCUGAAAAGUACGAGUUACAAGAAACUAAAUCAAAGGAAGACAUUGUCAGGUAUGAGGAGAUUGGCAUGUGGAACGAUGACGUUGGUCAUGACAAAUCGCAAGUCUCGCAAGAUGCUGUUGGGUAUGAGAAAUUAGACCUCUCCUAUGGAGCCAUCUACCAAGAGCCGGGCACGCCAAAUGUCGGUGGUGAUUACCAGGAAGUAUGCAUUUCGAAUGAUGCUCCGCGCUAUCAAGAGACUGGCUUCUUGAAAAAAGCUUGGUAAAAGUAAACAUGACGACGGCAACAACAACGAAAAAAAGUAAAAUUUUCUAAAUUAUUAUUAUCAUCUUUUUUAGGCUUUAUAGCAUUGAAAUGGCGGAAGUAGAGUAGACGUGUUUUCCCAUAUUACUGUCUUAACAUAAUGCAUUUAUCUAACAUUUUGGAUUACGACGAAGUUUUUGAUUGACUAUUCAAAGCAAGAAUAGUCAUUAUUUAGCUCUAUGGCUAGUUCUGCUUCGAGAAGAAGCAGUGGAACAAAGAUAGGAAUAAUAAUAAAAAUCAUUAUGAUGAUAAUAAACAUUAAUGAUAAUAAAUAAUAAUGAUAAACUGAACUGAAUCUGACUGCGUGUUUAGUCAGAUCAAGAAGGCAGCAUGGUCGAGUGGUCAGCGUGUCGGACUUACAAUCCGCCGCUCCCGGGUUCAAGUCCCGCCCUG